CGAGCGCCUGACAAAACGGACGUGAUGUAAACCCGCCGAACACAAUCGAAUCUCCGUUUUCGUAUACAAUUACCCGUGGUGUAUAUCCGUAUACACACAUAUAUAUCCUAUAGAUAUAGGUACCUAAUGUUAUAUUAUUACGCGAGUAUUUUUGUAUUUUGUUUUUUUUUUUUUUUUUUUUAUUACCGCGUUUUCCAUUCAACAUGUUUUUUAAUAAUUAAUCGACCGCCGCCGCCGCCGCGCGUAUGCCCAAGUCAAAACACCGCGCGCGGUCUCUUCUUUUCCGCGCACCGUUUUCUGUGUUUUAUAGUCAAGGCCCCGCGAGGACGUCGUCGGAUUCGCGGUGCCUGUCCUACGGUAUCGGCGGUAUCGGAGGUACGUGAAAACCGUUUGGAAAUGUUUGACGAAAACAAAAAAAAAAAAAAAAAAACGUUAAUUUUAUUGCCGUGUAAUAUAUAGGGCCGGAAUUAAGCUGCAAGGUAGAGUACACUUUCGAGACCACUGGACGGUGUUACACGCACCAUCAAAGUAUUCUGCCGCGGAUGAUUAUACAACUUUCCUCGUGCAUUGAAAAACCAUCACGUCGAAAAAGCAUUAUUUUUACCACUCGACUAACUACACGUGGGAGCUUGAAGGAUUUUAUCACUGUAGCGUUAAAACGAUCCCGAAUUUCGUUCCAAAAUAUUCAAUAGGUAUAUAUAUACACAGGAUGAUUUUUUUUUAUCAAACAACACUCAUUAUUUCAAAAAGUAUUGACUUUUUUCGAAAUGUGUUUUUUUUUUUUUUUUUUCGAGAACUCCAAUAAGUAUCAUUUAUGUGGCGGUACGGCACGCGGCGUAUUAACCAUGCACCGCCACUCCUCUUUGCACACACGGAUCUGAGAACGCGUGCUCUUAAAUCAAAGUGCGAAACAUUUGAACUCGUUUUAAAUAUUAUAAUGACGUGUUUAUGGUAAUAUACGAUAAAGAUACCGCAGUAUUAUAGAGUUGAGGGUAAAUGUUAGUCGUAGUGCAUUGAUUGUAUUAUUAUAUUCGGCGGAUUUCAUCGGCUGUGAUAUAUGAUUGGACCUGUACAGGAGGACGAAUUCCUGCAUCUGCACAACGGGUCCUAAAUAUAUAUAUAUAUAUAUUAUAAUUUACAUAAAUCGUUUUAAACGUCACCGCUGGUUGAUGGUUUAUAAUUGAUUAAUGUAUAAAAAUACACGUUAAAUUUUAGUAUUUGUACCGUACGGUGAUAAUAUUUAAGUGAAAACGUUGUAAAACUCUCGAUUUUGAAAUAUAAAAUUGUAUUGUUUUGCAUAAAUUGCAUUCUCUUUCAGUUACGAUUUGUUCACGUUACAUUUAAACAAUAUUCUAUAAGUGCA